AUGGCAGAGGUAAAUGCUGCCAAUGACGCCAGUCGCAAGCGCAAACGUCGCAAGAACCGCAAGAAUAAGCAGCAGGUACUGCAUCAAGGUCACUAUGCUGAUUCACACUCACCCAUUGCGUCUACACCCAUAAAGCGCCAGCAGACGAAUGCGGCAGAGAACGGCGAAUACAUCAAUUCAAAGCACGUGAUCCUAUCGAAAGCACAAGAUUCAGAUGUAUCGAGGUCUAAAGAGGGGGAAAAGGUUUUCUCACCACGAAAAUCACGGAAGGAUAACGAUCAGGAGCAGGAGAAAGCACGAGGAAAGAAGGCACGAAUUAAAUUGAAUUAUGACUCGGUGAAUGGGGAGAAGGAAGUGAGUGAGGAAGCUAGCAAGGACGAAUUGUUCUCACCAGCACUUAAACCUCCACUAACAUCGAGGUCGACGAGCACGUCUCCAUUGAACGCUCGAGGACGACUUGAGACAAAGUCUGCAAGCACGCAUCCUGACGAGAUGAUGGAGGAAGAAGCUACAAAAGAUGAGGAAGCUGUUGAUGCGUUGGAUGUUGACAUGGUGGAUGGAGACGAACAGGAAGAGGAAGACGCCACUCCGCUGGAACAAGAGUUUAAUCCGUUCUACUUCAUGAAGACCUUACCAAGGUACGAGGAUAUUGUGCAAGAGAAGCGACCCAUUUCGUUACCCGAGAGAUCACGCAACGCGCCCAAGAUUUGUUUGGUUUUAGAUUUAGACGAGACUCUUGUGCACUGCAGUGUAGAGGAAGUAAAAGACCCACACUUGCAGUUUCCGGUCACGUUUAACGGUGUAGAGUACACUGUCAACGUGAAGAAGCGUCCACACAUGGAGUAUUUCCUCAAGCGCGCGUCUAAGCUUUUUGAAAUCGUUGUAUUCACCGCAUCUCACAGAGCAUAUGCUGAAAAGCUGAUGAACAUGCUGGAUCCUCACCACAAUUUUAUCAAGUACCGACUGUAUCGAGAAGACUGUCUCGAUGUAUUUGGAAACUAUCUGAAGGAUCUGAAUGUCAUUGGACGUGAUCUGUCUAAGGUCGUGCUGGUCGACAAUUCUCCUCAUGCAUUCGGGUAUCAGGUGAACAAUGGCAUUCCCAUUGAGACUUGGUACGACGACGAAGCGGACGCUGAGCUGCUGAAUUUGUUGCCAUUUCUAGAGAGUCUCGUAGACGUCGAUGAUGUGCGGCCAAUUGUGGAGAAGCAGUUUCAGAUUCAGAAGCUGAUUGACGCUACGCCCGACGAGAUUAUCUAA